AUGUUGACCGAAACUCGAAAACUGCGCCUACCUGAUGAGACCCAAGAAGGGCGAAACCGGUCGUGGGCUGUAGAAGAGUUUCCAGCAACCUUGGGGAUGAAAAAUGGCACAUCGCGUUUGAAACAUGAGGCGGCCUGGUGCAGCACAUUCAGUUGUCUGGAAACACUACAAACCAGAGAUUCAGCUGGGUUCCAGCGUUUGAAACAUGAGGCGGCCUGGUGCAGCACAUUCAGUUGUCUGGAAACACUACAAACCAGAGAUUCAGCUGGGUUCCAGGCAACUGAAUGUGCUGCAAGUAGGUUUCAAGUAAAACAUAAGGUUGACGUAAACUCGGCGGGGGGGGGCUGCGCCUACCUGAUGAGCCCCGAGAAUGGCGAAACCGGUCGUGGGUUGUCGAAGAGGUUUCAGCAACCUUAUGAGUAG